CCACCGCCUGGUCCGUUACGCUCGUCACGGCGUCGCGUCAUCAGGAAGCGACGGGGAAAUGACAUGAGUCUGCGUCCUUCAACGCUCCGCGGAUCAACGCUUACAAAAGUCACGUUUUUUUGGAGUUUUCGGUGAAUUUUCGGACUUUGCUGCGAAGCCGAACGCAGCCGAAGCGGCCGCCGGGACACGUCCUGUCAUCCGGACGCACUGAAGUUUCCUGUCGGUCAGAGGGGAUUUGGUGCUUUUCUCCAGCGGGCACAGUCAGGGCCGUCCCGGCACGAUGGCGGCUCCGAGCUCGGCGGAGAGGAAGGCCUGCUGGAGCGCCAGGGACCGCCUGUGGAAAUGUCUGGACGACAACAACGACCAGGCCUCGUCCUGCCAGGACGUCCAGAGGGAGUUUGAGGCCAGCUGCCCCGCUCAGUGGGUGAAGUACUUCACAAAGCGGCGAGAUUACCUGAAGUACAAGGAGAAGAUGCAGACGGAGGGUUUCUCGCCCGCCGACGGCCCCCAGCAGCCCUCCUAACCCCCCCGACCCCCCGACCCCCCGCCCCGCCCGGGGAAGACUGGAGCGGAGGCUUUGUGUCCAUCAACACAUCCGCCGUCCUCCGUCGUCCUCUCUUCUUCUUCUGUUUAUUUGUGUGGUGAUGAGGUUUCUGUGGGCGGAGCCUCGCUGCCGUUUGGGAUUUCACUCUGAAGUUUGGAUCCGUCGCCUCCUGCAUGGAGAAGAUUUCACACGUAAUUUAAAAAAAAAAAAAAAAAAAAAAAAAAAAAAACAAUGAAAGAAUCUCGCCUUCAGCAGCUUUUCGUAUUUAAAGUGAUCGUUGUGGUUCUAUUUUCUCCUCUGCGUGAGUUCGGCAGCUCCUCCAGGGUCGAGCUGUCAGCGCCUCCCUGUGGAGAGGACGAGCGCUGCGCCGGGACAAAACCCACGUUUGUUUGGGAUUCAGCGUCCGCGCUCUUUAGAAUCCCUCCCGCUCGCUAACCGGUGGAACUGCUUUGUCUCUGUAUCCCUACGCCACUGGUAGGUGAAGCUGUGUGCGUACCAAACGCCACGAGGCGGCCCGAAAAGCCACGACUGUCACUUUAACACCGCAAAAUUAGUUUUGAGAUCGUGCAAGAGUGAUAGUUUGUUGUUUUUUUUUUUUUUAAAUUUACAUUUGAAUGGGGGCAGGGCUGAUGGUUACGGCGGCGUAUCAGGGCCACUGUGGAGGAAAAUGUCAAGAGACAAGGGAGGGGGAGGGGAAUAUUCCAGAAAAAACUCAGAAUUUCUGAGAUUAAAGAAAUAAAUUUACAAGAAAAAAUAACUCUAUAUACGUUUUGGUCAAGAAACCUUGAAAAAAAAAAAAAAAAAGUAAAAGAAAAACUUUUUCCUCCAUAAAUUUGACUAUAUAAACUCAGAAUUUUCAAGGUUUUUUU